AUGCUAUCCAGAUCAAACACAUUAACGAGUACCUCCCGUCGGAUCAUUCCUAGAAUCCUCAAAGGUCCCAACGCAGUUAGAACAGUCUCCACUACAUCAACAGCAAUAAAGAGACAAUAUCACCUAAUAAAAACAAAUUAUACUUCCUCCCCAUUAACGCUCAACAACACGGUCCUUUCCUCGUCCUUAACUUUCUACAAUCAUGCACACCGUUUCGCAUCCACGAAAGUGGAAGUUCCUCCAAUGGCAGAAUCAUUAACUGAAGGUUCAUUGAAGGAAUUCACCAAAAAAGUAGGAGAUUACAUCAAACAAGAUGAUUUAUUAGCUACCAUCGAAACAGAUAAGAUUGAUAUUGAAGUCAUCGCUCCUGUCACGGGAAAAAUCACAAAAUUGAAUUUUAACCCUGAUGAUACAGUCGUUGUAGGUGACGAAUUGGCAACCAUUGAAGAAGGUGAGUUCCAGGAAUCUUCUUCUGAUGCUCCUGCUGAAACUAAGGAAGAAACAACAAAAAAGGAACCAUCUGAAACCAAAAAGGAAGAACCUUCUUUAAAGAAGGAUGAAAAGAAAGAACCUGCUCCAGCACCAAGUAAACGAGAACCUACCCCUGCUCCUGCUACCUCUGCGAAAGACACAAGUGCAAGUUCAAGUACUACACCAUCUUGGACCUCAUUCUCACGUAAUGAAAAUAGAGUGAAAAUGAACAGAAUGAGAUUAAGAAUCGCAGAAAGAUUAAAGGAAUCACAAAACACUGCUGCAUCAUUAACCACAUUCAAUGAAGUCGACAUGACUUCACUCUUAGAAAUGAGGAAAUUAUAUAAAGAUGAAAUCAUUAAGAAAAAUGGUAUCAAAUUUGGUUUCAUGGGAUUAUUCUCUAAAGCUUGUUGUUUAGCCUCCAAAGAUAUCCCAGGUGUUAAUGGUGCCAUUGAAGGUGAUCAAAUUGUAUAUAGAGAUUUUGUCGAUAUCUCCAUGGCUGUUGCUACUCCUAAGGGGUUGGUUACACCAGUGAUUCGUAAUGUGGAAUCUUUAUCUGUCUUAGAAAUUGAAAAUGAAUUAGUUAAAGUUAGUAAAAAGGCUCGUGAUGGGAAAUUAACUUUGGAAGAUAUGACAGGUGGUACUUUUACCAUCUCUAAUGGUGGUGUGUUUGGUUCAUUAUUUGGUACUCCUAUUAUUAAUAUGCCACAAACUGCGGUCUUAGGAUUGCAUGGUGUUAAGGAAAGACCUGUAAGUAUCAAUGGACAAAUCGUUUCAAGACCAAUGAUGUAUAUGGCUUUAACUUAUGAUCAUAGAUUAUUGGAUGGUAGAGAAGCUGUUACAUUCUUGAAAACUGUAAAGGAAUUAAUUGAAGAUCCAAGGAAAAUGAUGCUAUUUUAA